CUGGAACUGUGGAGUUCACUCUCGCAAGAGACGUUGCUCUCUCUACACGACCUGCUGGUGCUCCUGUAAAGGUCUAUCAUGUACCACAGUGUCUGACGCCGAUGCUAACUCCGUACGACUUGGUGUUCCCGUCGAGGUCUCUCUUAUUCCCGUAGUAUGCUGGAAAAGCUGCUCUUUCCAUACUUCCUACGGGUGUUCCUGUCGAAAUCUAUCUCCUCGUAUAGUGUGCUAAAGACACUAUCUCCAAACGUUUUGGUGGAGUUCGCGUCGAGGUCUAUCUCCAACUUUAGCAUUUGGAGACGCUGCCUCGUUACUGAAUUCUGUUGGCUUUCCCGUUGAGAACUGUUCAAUUCCCUAUCGUCUUGGCAUCUUCAACAAGAUUACCGUGAAACGCGUUGUUGUUGAAUCAAGCGUAGCUAGUGUGCAGCUCAGCCUGACGCCAAGGUGCGAGUCUCGACCUGCCUGUGGCCAGUCGUUCUUGACUCAUCAUUGUGGAGGGACGUUAUCACAUGCUCUGCUGCUUCGCAUGAAUGGGAAGCUACCUCUGGACUUUGGGACUUAAUAAAAACACCCUUUAAGAGAGGUAGAAUAAUCCAGCUAACAAGUGCGGAGUAACUGCUGUGUGAGAAAUAGUUGGAGUAUGGCAGGAGAAACUGAGACCAGAGAACAAGGCGCCGCCGCAGUGGAGGCGCACGAAGGUAUUAGUCCAGCCUGCAAGUCUAGGCUGAUGAGCUGGCGUGUGGUGGGGGCAGUGCUGGCCUUCCUGGUGGUGUUGGGAUGGAUCUUCAUCAUCGUGGUGCUCAUCUUGGAGGAGAAGUGGCAGCUGGUGCUUGUGGCCUGGCUGCUGCUCUAUUCUACAGCUCACUUCUGCUACUGGUACUGCAAGCGCCACAGCCUCAUCACCCUACACAGACAGAUUCGUCUACGCGUGCUGGCUCACAUACGACCGAGCGAUUCCGGGGAGAAGGUCGACGAUCAUCCACCUACUUACGACGAAGUGAUGAAGACCGAAGCUCCUCCUCCGGCUUACUUUACCGUCGUCAGUGAGACUGUCAAACUGGCUACUCUUCCGUCUCUAGUGUCCUCGCACGGCGCUCCACUCACUCCUGCCUUUGUGACCUCACUAAGCGACCAGUUGCAGCAGAGUGUGGGCGCAGCGGCCAGGGAAUACCUGCUGUGUCGCCCUCCUGCUUACCAGAGCCCUAAGCACUUGCGUAAUAUAUCAUCUAUGAUCUUGCCCACUUUGCAUGAAGAGCGAGUUAACACUGACACGGCCGUGACCGCCACUGCCGCCGCUAUAGCCACGGUCACAUAUGUAGGAGGUAUUGAAGAGUCGGAAACGUUAGAAGAUCCUAUAAGAGGCCCCAUAGUUAAACACCUGCAGUCAACAACAACAGCCACACUGGACGCAACUCCGUGUUCUUCCUCAACAACAAGAGCCGUCACAGAUCAAAAUACUGACCCUGAACUUGAGACACUAUCUUCCCUUCCAAGUUCUUAAUUGUUUAUAUGAUAAAUGACUGAAUUUAUUAUGUAUGUUGCGGGUGAUGACAAAUGUACAAACGUUAAGUAGGUUGCGACUACGUACAAAUAUGUGCCCUGUUAUUGCUACAUAGUCAUGAGCUCAGUGGCAAUAUUGUUACCAUGUAGCAUUAAGUAUUUUGAAAUAUUAUUUGUGCCUAUUGCUCGUCCACUUUAUAAGUGGAAAGUCGAGCAAAUAUUCCAGUGUGAUAUGUAUGUUAAUAUUUCUAUCUAUUUUAGCCUUAAGGACGUCUGUUACCAUUACAAUAUAUAUGAAAAUAUAAA